CCUGGAAUUUCACUUGCGAAAUCCCAGACCAGACCACGCUCUUAAACCCUAGCUCUUCCGUAUCGCUCCGAAGAAAAUCCUCAUUUGCAGAUCUACGAAUUGUUGCUUCCAUGGCGUCGAAAACAGCAGCCAAAGAUAUAAUCACUCUGCGUGGAUCCGCGGCCAUCGUCAGCGAGUUCUUCUGUUAUGCAGCGAACAGUGUUCUGUACAACCGUGGAGUUUAUCCAGAAGAGAGCUUUGUCAAAGUGAAGAAGUAUGGGCUACCGAUGUUGCUUAACCAAGACGAAGCUGUUAAGUCCUUCCUCUCCAACCUAACUUCUCAGCUUUCCGAGUGGCUUGAGGCUGGAAAGCUGCAGAGAGUGGUACUUGUGAUAAUGAGCAAGGCGACUUCUGAGGUCUUAGAGAGAUGGAACUUCCGCAUUGAAACCGAUAACGAGGUUGUUGAAAAAGGUGUUUCGAGGGAGAAAAGUGACAAGGAGAUCAUGAGGGAGAUCCAAGCAAUCAUGAGACAAAUCGCUUCCAGCAUAACUUACCUGCCAUGUCUCGAUGAAACAUGUGUGUUCGAUGUGUUGGCAUAUACAGAUACGGAUGUGGCUGUCCCGUUCACCUGGAUCGAGAGCGACCCGAAAUUGAUUGCCAAUCCACAGAUGGUUAAAUUGCAUUCUUUCGACACCAAGAUUCACAAGGUUGACACGCUAGUUUCGUACAAGAACGACGAGUGGGAUGAGGAAUAGAACAAAGUUUGGCACUUUCUUCCUCUGCUUCAAGGGCAUGUGAAUCCUUUAUUCACAUUUGUCUGUUCUCUCUCGUUCCGACCAAAUCUUGUUAUAGCAAGAACCUAUGUGUUUGUUUGUUUGUUUGUUAAAAAAAAUGUCCUCAACUCCCUUGUGUCAAACGGCAACAAUAUCUACAUUUCAAAUGUUGUCCAGCCAUUAUUGUAGUUCUGUAUAAUCAAAUAUGAUAUCUUCAGACCCAUUUUGAAUUA